GUCGACUUCCACUUCACCUUCAAGUACAAUGUUUAUAACCAAAACACCUUCUGCUUCCCUCUUGACCUCACACAUUUCUCGCUGCAUUGAACGUACAGGAAAGACGACGCCAAUUGCAAGACACAUUACGUCAAUCAGAGGACCAGUCAUUCAGUGCAACUCUACACUUCGACUACGACAAUUGAAUAGGCAAUUUGCUACUUGCUCACCUGCAAAGGCCGAAUACAACAUGUCUUCAGACGAUGCCAGCCACCACAACAAUCCCGAGUUCGAGCUAUCCCGCGUCUUCAAUGUUUCGGGGAAAAUAGCCCUUGUAACGGGAGCCGGCACCGGAAUCGGGCUCAUGGCUACCCAAGCCCUAGCCGUCAACGGCGCCAAAGUGUACAUCUGCGGCCGCACACGGGAGAAGCUGGACAAAGUGGCGCACACCUACGGCCAAGGCAUCCGCGGCCAAAUCAUCCCCAUCACCUGCGACAUCACGAAAAAAGACGAAAUCGCCAAAAUGUACGAGGAGAUCGCGUCCAAGGAAAAGUGUCUCGACAUCCUAAUCAACAACGCCGGCAUCUCGACCAAGACCUUCCAGACCGAGGCCAGCUCGGCGGAGGAGAUGAAGAAGAACUUGUUUGAGAACGAGGAGGCGACUUUCCAGGAUUGGGAUGAUGUGUACCGCACGAAUGUCACGCAGUGCUACUUUACGACCAUGUGCUUUUUGCCGCUGCUGCAGAAGUCGACGGAGGUGAAUCGCGGUUGGUCCGCAUGCGUGACCAAUAUCACUAGCAUCUCGGGUGAGGUCAAAACCUCGCAGCACCAUCCGCAGUACAACGCCAGCAAGGCAGCGGAGAUCCAUCUCACCCGCAUGCUAGCGCAAGAGAUCCAGAUCAAUGGCCUCAAAGUCAGAGUCAACAGCAUCGCGCCGGGUGUCUUCCCGUCCGAAAUGACAGCCGGCGACAGCGGCGCCAACCAAAAGUCGCACGUGCCAAAGGAGAAGUUCGAGGGCAAGGUGCCUGCCGACCGCCCCGGACACGAUCGAGACAUGGCGGGUGCGAUUCUGUUUACAGUGACAAAUCAGUACCUCAAUGGACAAACUGUGGCCGUUGAUGGAGGGUACACGCUCAUGGCCGGGAGAUAAGCAAGCACGGCGGAGAGAUUGCACGUCUUGCGGAGAUUCGACCGUAGAAGGCAGAGCCACUCUGAGUGAUCGAUCAAGCCAAUGACGUAGCAUGCCCACGUGCUCACCAUCAUGUGUAAAAAGUAAGGUACACGUUGGAGGGGGACAAGAACGAUUGAAGCACAC